GUCCCCAAGACUUGUGUGCAAGUCCACUCCUGCGUGCGUGUCCGUCUCCACUCCUGUGUGUGUCAAUUGUGUGUGUCCCCUCCUCUGUGCAUGUUCCCUCUAGUGUGUGUGUCAAUUGUGCGUGUCCCCUCCUGUUUGUGUGUUACCGGUGUGUGAGAGGAGCAUGUCACUGUGGAGAUCACCAGCAAUAAAAUUUGCCAGCCAACCCCUGGAAGUGUGGCAGCUGGGACACAGAGGAGGAGACACCCGAAGCAGUAAAAAUAUAAGGGAAGGUGAAGAAGCAACAAAAAGCAGGAGACAUGCCUUUACAAAUCAAGAUGGUUGGUCCAGUUUAUCCUCUGCAUUUGGAGAGACAGCCGUGGUGAAAAAAGACCGCUUGGAGCGAGUUGCAGCUGGCUGCGUCUAUAAGGUCAAUAACAAGUAUGACCAAAAGAGAAGACCCUACCCACCAACAAAAAUAGUGCGAGCAGCUUUGGAACAAGUGGGGAAGAGGUUGCAGUACAGCGUGACCAGUGCUAACUGUGAGCACUUUGUGACAGAGCUGAGAUACGGCGACGGCUUCUCUGAUCAGGGUAGAGCCUGGGGAGCUUCCUCUCAGCGGAGCUGUGGAGAAAAAAUGGCGCAGGUGGAUGAUGCGAAGACGUACGCAGUUGGAGGUGGAAUUGCUCUUGCUGCAGUUGCUGCGGUCAUGUUUUCUGGUAUGAGAAAUAACCGACAGAAGAACUGAGAAGUUUGGACAUCAGCUGCAUCUCACAUCAUGUCUAAAACACUUUUGUGUGGUCCAUGGGCAGAAGACAUGACAGUUUUUGUUUUGUUUUUUAGCAAUGAUGUAUUAGAAGAUAAAUUAUUCUUCUACAAAAUACUUAUGUAUGCUAGUCUUUAUCCUUUUAGGGAUACUGUCCCAUUUCUCUGACAAUAAAACAACAACGGUCUAUAGGAAA